CUGAAUGGAUCACGGAGCCGGCGGCUGUAGCUCUCCAGUCUUCCUCUGAUGCUUGGCGGCCGUUGAGCCACCAGGUUCAUGUGGAGGCUCCCAGGCUCCCGCGCCGCGCUUCGUGGGGUCCGCACGGCGGUGGGGCGGCACACUCGGGCCGAGGCGGCGACUGAGACGGCGGCGGGAGCGAUGGAGCGCGCUGUGGUGCGCUGUGUGCCUUCGGAACCGAAGCUAAGCCUGUCGUUCGCUCUGGCAGACGGCAGCCACAAGAACAUGCAGCGCGACCAAAGCGAGCCGCUGGGUCGGGCCCUCAGCCGGAUUGCUACCAACGCCCUCAAAGGCCACGCUAAGGCGGCCGCCGCCAAGAAGAGCAGGAAGAACCGGCCAAAUGCAAGUGGCGGGGCCUGUGCGGGGCCUGUGCCGGAGCCGGCUGCGGCCUGCGAGCCCGUCGUGAAGCUGUACUACCGGGAGGAGGCAGUGGCUGAAGACGUGCUCAACGUGGACGCCUGGCAGGACGGCGCGGUGCUGCAGAUCGGCGAUGUCAAGUACAAGGUGGAGCGCAACCCGCCCGCCUUCACCGAGCUGCAGUUGCCACGCUACAUCAUGGCCGGCUUCCCGGUGUGCCCCAAGCUCAGCCUCGAAUUUGGGGAUCCCGCCAACUCGCUCUUCCGAUGGUACAAGGAAGCCAAACCCGGAGCGGCGGAGCCUGAGGGCGGGAGCCCCUCGUCAUUGUCUCCCUCUUCACCCUUUCCUAGUUGGACAGAGACGGGUGUGAACGAACGCGUCUACACGCCGUCCAAUGCAGACAUCGGGCUACGACUCAAGCUUCAUUGCACCCCAGGCAAUGGGCAGCGCCUCGGGCCAAGCCGGGAGUUGGAAAGUGUGUGUCCGGUGGAGGCUGGGCCCGGUACUUGCACCUUUGACCAGCGGCAUCUCUACACCAAGAAGGUGACGGACGAUUCUCUCAUUCGCACUGUGUCUUACAACCUCCUGGCCGACACGUACGCCCAGACUGAGUUUUCGAGGAGUGUCCUGUACCCGUACUGUGCCCCUUAUGCCCUCGAGCUCGACUACCGCCAGAACCUCAUCCAGAAGGAGCUCACGGGCUACAACGCUGACCUCAUCUGUUUGCAAGAGGUAGAUCGCAACGUGUUUACCGACAGCUUGGUGCCGGCCCUCGAGGCCUUUGGGCUGGAGGGCGUGUUUAGAAUCAAGCAGCACGAAGGCCUGGCUACUUUCUACCGAAAGACCAAAUUCACUCUCCUUAGCCAGCAUGACAUUUCUUUCCACGAAGCCCUGGAGUCCGACCAACUUCACAAAGAACUGCUGGAGAAACUAGUUUUGUACCCGUCUGCGCAGGAGAGGGUGCUCCAGAGAUCUUCUGUCCUCCAGGUUUCUGUUCUUCAGUCUACAAAGGACUCUUCUAAAAGGAUAUGUGUUGCUAAUACCCAUCUGUACUGGCAUCCAAAAGGUGGGUACAUUCGUCUCAUUCAAAUGGCGGUAGCCUUGGCUCACAUUAGACAUGUCUCGUGUGAUCUGUAUCCUGGCAUACCAGUUAUAUUUUGUGGAGACUUUAAUAGUACCCCAUCAACAGGAAUGUAUCAUUUUGCUGUCAAUGGCAGCAUUCCAGAGGACCAUGAAGACUGGGCUUCCAAUGGGGAAGAGGAACGUUGCAACAUGUCUCUCACCCAUGUCUUCAAACUGAAAAGUGCUUGUGGUGAACCUGCUUACACAAACUAUGUUGGUGGCUUUCAUGGAUGUCUGGAUUACAUUUUCAUUGACUCAAAUGCUCUAGAGGUUGAACAGGUGAUUCCAUUACCUAGUCAUGAAGAAGUCACCACUCACCAGGCCUUACCUAGUGUUUCCCAUCCCUCUGAUCACAUAGCACUUGUGUGUGAUUUAAAAUGGAAAUAGAUUCGUGUUUAAUGGAAUUUAAGUCUCUUUAGUAGGAAAUUUAAUAUGAAUCAAAGCUUAUAUGUAACCUUCAAAGAGGAAAACUACACAGACACCGAGGCGAAAUGUUUUUAUUCUGUGUUCCAGUGUCUUCAUUACAUGACUGUUCAUAAUUGCAGUUUCUCUACUUUUUUUUUUCCUAAGGUUGAAGGAAAAACAAAUAUAUUUAUGACUACCAGGAAGAACAUUGAAUUAUGUACAUUUUAUAAGUACUUUUUUUUUAGCUAGGAAUUAAGAAUUUUGUAAAAAAAAAAAAACCAAAAAACCAUUUGAAUGAUCCUAUAAUUUUUCUAUCAUAACACAUUUCAAAUUGAAUCAUGUUUGUAUAAUUAGGGGAAAAAUGCAUAUGGGUUAAGGUGAGAGGCCUAAGUCUGACAUGAGCGAACAUUAGGGUCUACCUCUACCUCAAUUUGGUUAGCAAUUUAAUACAACUUCAGAGCUUUAACGAAAGAUUAAAAUGUGCCAUCCACCAAAUGUUAUUGCUCCUCAUCUUUCAUUUUUCAAUCAACAUAAGAUAUUUUAAUUCUCUUAUUU